UUUCCCUGGCAAGUACCACUCUGGUCUAGUGCUGGUCACAGUGUAAACUCAGUGCCUGGGAAUGACCCAUUAAGUACUGGGAGUGAGGGGUGGAUUGCUGUUACCCUCUGGGUCUGAUAAGGGGAAGGGCUGGGGUGCUAAAGAUCCAUAGUGUAUACACACAACAUUGAGGUUGUGUUUCAGAUAGUCCCUGUUGGGGCUGGAGAGAUGGCUCAGAGGUUAAGAGCACUGGCUGUUCUUGCAGAGGUCCUGAGUUCCAGCAACCACAUGGUGGCUCACAACCAUCUGUAAUGAGAUCUGACACCUUCUUCUGGCAUGCAGGCUGAACACUGUAUACAUAGUAAAUCUUUUUUUAAAAAGUAGUCCCUGUUAGGUCUGUCUAGUCAGGGUAUGAUGGGGUCCAGUUUGCUCACUCCCUUAGUGUUUAUGUACAGGCUUCACGUGUCUCGGGGAGCCCAGCUGUGGAGGCUUUGCACAGUGGUCUAUGGCCCUUGUGCGAUUCAACUUCCCAGCCAGCCUUGCAUCCAUUAUAGAUCAGACUUGGUGUUCGUGCUAGUAGGAGGGGCCUGGGGGCGGGGUAAGCAGCCAGACAGGUUUGACAGGUACAUGGGAACCUGGAGAGGGCUGGCCCAAGGUCAGGUGCCCUCCAGGGAGGGGCACUUGACAGCCUAGUGGCAGACAAGCCAGAAAUUGGGGUCAGAACAGGAGAGACUCACCAGGAUACUCAUCCGAACCAGCAUCGACAGGUAGGAUGUCCUGCAAACUUGGCUAGUCAUUCCUGUCUGGUGGUAGAUCUUACACCCUGGGUUUCCUACUUUGCUUCUCAGCUAUUAGGUACCUCUUGUUCCAGAAUCUGGUGAACAAGUGACAGGUUCUCAGCCUUAAUGUUGCGACCCUUUAGGGACAGCUCCUCAUGUGGUGGUGGCCCCCAACCAUAAAUUAUUUUUGUUGCUACUUCAUAACUAAUUUGACUACUGUUAUGACUUGUAAUAUGUAGACAUCUUUUCCUGUGGUCGUUGGCAACCCUUGUUAAUAGGAUGCGACCCGCAGAUUGAGAACCACCGCCCUGGAGUCUAAAUACUGCUCCUCUGUUCCCUGUGGCGCUAUCCUGACUUGGUUUGGUGUCUUCCCUCUUGCAUCUCCCCUAAGAAGAUGGAUCCUUCAGACUUUUAAAGCUGCUUCAGUCUGUUACCUACUUUAUCUUGACUUUGGGGACUGAGAGUCCAACUAAGGACUCAUCUCUGCCUCCUUGGACCCACUCUGCAUAACUUCAUUCUCCCUGCUCCCCUUUGAAAUAUCUUACCAACCUGCCACAACCUCCAGAUCCCUACCUGAGCCCUUCUCCUCAUAGGUACAAUCUGGAUGCCGUGUCCUCGGCUUCUCUGGCUCCGCCGCCACCGAGCCUCCCAGGGCUCAAGCCCGGGCUCCCCAGGUACCCUCUCUGCACCCACGUCCCCUAGCAGAGGCGAAAAUGAGGACGCAGAAGAGGAGGAGGGCGAUGGCAACCCGGGCGACAGCCCCAUCCUGCCCCCUGCAUCCCCCAUGGAGUGCCUUAUCUGCGUGUCACCCUUCGACGGCGUUUUCAAGCUACCAAAACGCCUGGACUGCGGCCACGUCUUCUGUCUCGAGUGCCUGGCCCGCCUAUCCCUGGCUACGGCGGGUGGCGGUGACGCAGUGGCUUGCCCCAUGUGCCGUGCGCCCACACGCUUGGCCCCGCGCCGGGGGCUCCCCGCUCUACCCACGCAGCCGAGCCUGCUGCCUCGCGAGGCGCGCGUGGCACCCCCACGCCAGGGCUCCGUGCGAUUCGACCGCCGCCGAGGGCUCCUGUACCUGCGGCCCCCGCCACCGUCUCCGGGGCCACGCAAGAGCCGCACAGCGCGAGCCCCGCCGCCUCCACCCCCGCUGCGCCUCGGCCGCCCGCUGUCGCGUCGCCUGUCCAUGAGCAGCCCCACGUGGGCCUUCAACGCGGCUGUGGCUCUGGCCGUGCUGGUGGCCGCGGGCCUCGUUGUCUCUGGUGUCUACAUCUUCUUCCUCAUCCCUCAUGUCACCACCUCCGGCCUUGGGCGGCCUCAGGUCGUAGCUCUGGCCCCCGAUCCUAGCUUCUGGCAACCGCCGCGGCCCACAUCAAUAGCACCCUGGACCCACUCCUGGACGCUGCGCCCCACAAAGCCUGACCUGGACCUGGAUAGUACCCUGCCAGAGGCUACCAAGGACACGCCAGAGCUUGAGGAGGCUACUACCAAGGACCCAGGGCCCCUGGAUACACCACUGGAUCAAACACCGAAGGCAGAGACUGACCUUGGCUGGAACCUGCAGGCACAGGAUGAUGGGAAUAGGUUGUAACUACAGCAAUAAAUGCCUCAGUGCUAUAGCCCUGUCUCCUGGCCUGAGGAUUUCUGUGUUAUCCUGGAGGGCAUUAACAGAAUGCAUCUCUCCAGAUUGGGGACUGAAAAGGCACGAACUCUCUCAAACCACUGUAAUCAUUCCAUGAGAAUGUCUGAUUCCCAUGAACAUCUAAUUGAAGGUACCAGGCCACGCACGACCUUUUUUUUUUUUUUUUUUUUUUUUUUGAUUUAUUGGAAGACCUUUGUAAGGGUCCUACUGACGAUUACUUCUGAACCAUACCCUUGUGUAGGUCUAGUUGGGGUACCCCUGAUUCUCAUCUCUGUGCAAGUCCAGCUGGCCUCUCCCCACGGUGACAUCUAUACAGGACUGUGUCAGGGUGCCUUAGCUUUGAUCUUGAUGGGAUGGUGUUAGAAGCACUUCAAAUCAUCCUCACCACAGCCCCCUAAGGGAGACAUUCCUGGUCAGCUCUGAGGAUGAAGGCUCUGAUCCAAUCUGAUCCACUCAUCCUUUGGACUCACCACAGUGGGGCUGGGGCCCCUAUCUUCGGAGUACAAAACUGUUGUUACUAUUCUGAUUAUGUGUCUUGCGGCCCACAGCUAGUCUGUAAAUUUCAGCACCUGCACAGCUGACGAGGACUCUGACUUGGAGGACCAGGGGUGGCCCGGCUAGGAAUGGGAGGGGCCCUGACUUCUGAAAAUUGGUUCUCAUUUGGGAAGUAUAUCCCAAGCUGGUCUGGGAGUUUGAUGUCUCCUCCAGACUUUGGUUUCUAGGACCUACUCAGUACCUUGUGGAACAGUUCUGGUCAUCACGGCUUGGAGAGUUAAGGCCUCCCUGUGGCUCAGAAUCAUUCAACAGGGAAGGAAGGCCAUGGCCCUCCAUAGCUAACAUGAGAGAUGCUGGUCCUGUGUCUGCUUUAAUCCCAUUAUCCCCAUCUUCCCCCUUCUCCGGGGCUCCAUCAGCUCUGCCCAGCCUUCCCUCUAUGCCUCUGCUGAAGUCGAAGCCUUUCCAGCGUCCACCUCUAUGGAAGGUGGCUCCUGUCUUCCUUCCAAAAGCCUUUUUGGCUAAGACACAGAGUAGGAGAAAGGCAGCUACUCUCUGCAUAGGCUGACCACAGACCUCUGAAACACCGUGUCCUGGCUUACCUCACUUGGCAUGAGACGAUGUGUGUUAAGGGUGGGCAGCAUUUUCCAGAAUGAAAUGUGACUUCUACAUAUCUGGAGGCCUCUGUGUGGUUUAUUUACGUGUGUGUCCU